GGCUGGGGACGCAGCCCAGGGAGGAAAGUCCCGCGGCAGAGGCGUGGCGAGACGCGAGACGCGAACUCCGGGUGUAGCGUUGGGCAGCGGGUCUGCACGGUGCGAGGUGUGGGGCUGCAGAGUCCAGGGUGACGGGCCGGAGCUGUCCAGGCAAUACCCCCAGCCCGCAUGGCAAGGCUGAGGGGCAGACACUCAGCACUCAGUUACUGUACUCAAAACCGCCACUCGCAGGCGGGAGGCAUCCGGAAGGGCCUCCCGGUGGAGGGCAACCAGGCCAAGGAAGGGGAAGCCGGCAACAGAAGCAUCGAUAACAGAGCAGAAGGGCCAGGAAAACCCCGUCGUGGGAGGGCUGAGUCCCGGCUGGGGACUGGGCCCCCAUCUGUAGCCUGAGGGGUGCGGUUUUUGCUGUGUGAAUCACGUCACCCCUACAGAAGAGGAACCCUCUACAGUUCACAUGGUUAAGAGGGAAAGGGAAGGGACUCAUACGGGGCCCGGGUGUCCCUCCCCGUCUCACCCCGCUUCUCCCUCCCCAGGAGCAGCCACAACCCUCAUUUUUGUGUUCAUCUUUAACUGCUUUUCUUUGGGUGUGACCUCUUAUAUUUGCAUCCCAGAAUGGGACACUGUUUUGGGUGGCUUGUUUUGGGCAUUAUAGAAACGGGGUCACUCAGCCUGUGCUGUUUGCUCUGUCUGCUUUGUGUGGUGAGGGCACGGGGUGGCUGCUCGCAGGCAUCGUCUUCGCAGCCUGUUUUGUUGGGGUCCUGCUCACCAAUUUUCCUGCUGAUGGACAUGGGAUUGUCGCCUAUCUGGAGCCAUGAUGAGCGAAGCUGUGAUGAGCAUCCUGUGCGUGCCUCUCGACUGCCGAGGCGCACAUGUGGGCGCAAAUCCAUCCUCAUGGCUGGUGAAGGCAGAGCAAGUCCUGACUGCUCUCCGAGCCUUGAUUUCCUCAUCUGUGAAAUGGACGUGAGAGCUUGCAGAGCUGUGGUGAGGGACACAGUGAGUGUGGACGCCAUGGCUGACCUCGGGGAAUGUUCACCAGCUCUUGUCUGCACCACCUGUCACUGGCACCAGGGGCUGUCCCUGCUGUUUGCCUGUUUCUGCCCAUUGCCCCAAGGCAGACACUCCUCAAGGAGCUUCCUGCUCUGUGCUCACGGUGCCCGGGAGAGCCUAGGCCUCUCCUCUGAGGUCCAGCCCCCUGUCUCCAGCUGCGUCUCGGGAAGAUCCAGGGCCGCUGGAGUCUGGGUGGCCAGGACCAAGCUCCUGGUUAACCAGGUGCCUCCCCUCACUUUCCCCGUCUCUGCGAAAUGUGCCACAUCCCCGAGGUUGCCCUACUGGGAACCUCCAUGCUCCCCAUGCCCCCUGCAUCCCUCAGCCUGGUGAAUUCUUCCCAAAAACACAUUCCAGAACUUUCCACUUCCCUCCAUCCCCACUCUGGGCUCCUCAGGAAGGAGCACCUCCUCUCUGCUCUGCCUGCUGUACUUGGUAACGCCUUUCUGUCCACUCCCCAGACAGCAGCAGCAAGAGCCAUCACAGUGAGAAUCUGCUCAUGUGACCCUCUCAUUAUGCCCCGGAAUUCCUUCUCCCAUCAUGAGCAACCGUGGAUUCCAGGUGGCCUAGGUCCCAGCGCCACACAGAAAAUUCUAAGGUUUUUAGGAGACCAGAGAGCAGAUUUGCUUCCUGCCCCUGGG